CCCGUCCCCUUCCUUCUUUCUCACUUGACAAUACCUCUACAAUGGCAGACUCCGGAUCUGGCCGUGGAGGGUUCCGAGGUGGCUUCGGCACUCGGGGUCGGGGGCGCGGGCGUGGGCGGGGUCGUGGCAGGGGCAGGGGACGUGGCAAGGAGAACGAGAAGGAGUGGGUGCCCAUCACUAAGCUUGGCCGCCUGGUGAAGGAUGGGAAGAUUCGCAGCCUGGAGGAGAUCUACCUCUUCUCUCUGCCCAUCAAGGAGUAUGAGAUCAUCGACUUCUUCCUGGGCCCCAAGCUGAAGGAUGAGGUGCUCAAGAUCAUGCCUGUGCAGAAACAGACCCGUGCCGGGCAGCGCACUCGCUUCAAGGCCUUCGUUGCAAUUGGUGACUUUGACGGGCACAUUGGUCUGGGUGUGAAGUGCAGCAAGGAAGUGGCCACAGCCAUCCGCGGCGCCAUCAUCCUUGCCAAGCUGUCCAUUGUCCCAGUGAGGCGAGGCUACUGGGGCAACAAGAUCGGCAAGCCCCACACUGUGCCCUGCAAGGUGACUGGCAAGUGCGGCUCAGUACUGGUGCGCCUCAUCCCAGCACCCAGGGGAACCAGCAUUGUGGCUGCCUCAGUGCCCAAGAAGCUACUGCAGAUGGCUGGCAUUGAGGACUGCUACACCAGUGCCCGGGGUCAGACUGCCACCCUAGGUAACUUUGCCAAGGCUACCUAUGCUGCCAUUGCCAAGACCUAUGCUUACCUCACCCCCGACUUAUGGAAGGAGACUGUGUUCACCAAGUCCCCAUACCAGGAAUUCACUGACUACUUGGCCAAGUACCACAAGAUCAGCUCCGAGCAGCGCCAGGAGACCAAGCUGUACUGAGGUGGUCGUGGUUCUGGCCUCUGACGAUAAUAAAUUAAUUGAAGGUG